CUGUGGGUCCCGGCCAUUUUUGGGAUGGGGAUCCCGAAUCCGGGGGGUUCCGGCUUGACCGUUCCCAUCCUGGGAGUGGAGUGCGACUGGAGAACCGGGCAGCCGGUUCCUCUAGCCGGGACCAUGGAAGACGCCGACGGAAAAGGUCUCGUUCCUCUUGCCAUUGGCUUCCGAACCAUUGACCCCAUAACAGGGGAGACGGGUCCGGUCAUCGGGGCUCAAAUCAAUCCUUGGACCACGGCGGUCAUCCCCAUCGUCCAGUCCCUAGGAAGCUUGCCAAGGGGAAGCCCAGACCCAGAACUGACGGAUGCCUUGGAGACGGAGGUGGCAGCCAAGCAACGGUUCUGGCGUGGCCAAAGAGAAAAGGAAGAGGAGCUCCUCAAAGAGUUGGACUUCUUGCGCCUGGACAUCUUGGAGGCCGCCAAGGAAGGGAAGAUGAACAAGUUAAGAUACAAGGACAAAUUAAAACCCGCCGAAGAGAUCUAUCGCUCCCUGGAAGAGUCCUCAAACCAAGAAGCUCAACGGAGAGCCAACAGACAACUGAAGGCACCGCGGGACUCCAAACCAUCUCUGCAAAUGAGAGUCGAGAAGGACGAGAGAGACCAGGAGGCCAGAGUCCAGGUUUUGCUGAGGAAGACGCUGGAAAAGCUGGUGCAGUUUGUCCGAAAGGUCCAGCUGGACGAAGGACGGAUCCAGAUGCAGCUGAAGGAGGUGGAGCGGCAACGGAGCAGCAGCCUCCAGAUUUUGGAAACGCUUCAAGAGACAUCUAGGAAGACAACUUUGCAUCUCGUGGCUGCAUUUGAGGAGCACAUGGCAAAGCACCAAGCCAAUGUUGAGAGGGCCUGCUGCAGGCUGGAAUACCUCCGAUACUUGUUGGAGACGGUGGCUCUACAGACAAAGGAUCUCCAUUCUGGCUCGUCCCAGUGCUUUGUGAAUUAUCCCAGUUGGAGGUUUUACGGUGCGGCUGGUGCUCCGCAGGGGACCUGGGAGGUCAUCAAUCGGAAACUCAUCCCGUUGCUCAGAUCUGUACUCGAGACGUUGAAAGAGAGCAAAAGGAGCCCUUUGUCCCCCGAGGUGCUGGUGGGCCUGGGCUCUGAAAAAGGCUACUCCUCCAGAAGCACCUUGAAGGUCUCCGAAGUGACCGGCGAAGCAUUUCGGGUCCAAACAAGGCAGGAAGGGGUCCCUAUUGCUGCAGCACUCUCUCCUUCCGUGGCCUCGCCAAAAAGGUCCCAACUCCUGCAAGAAAUCCAGGCAAGGUAAGAGGGAUGGAUGGAUGGAUGAAGAAGGUUCUCUAUCUUCCUCUUCUUCCCCUUAUUAUAAUAUCACUCCUACAUCUACGAUUUCUACGUUGUACUUUGCAUAACCCUAAAAUAAGCCUAUGAUCCUAUACCCAUAAUGUUGCAAUCUGAAUAUAAAUAACCGGGAGAAAUGACAGAAGGAGAAGACUUGAACUUGCGAGCCAAGACAGGAAAUAAUAAUAAUUGUAAUGAAGUAUGAAUUUUUGGUUUACAGAUGUUAUGUUUAAUUGUGUGUUUGUGUUUUAAAAGGGUAAGUAUUACAGUUAUUGCAUCUCAGCACUCAGAGGCUGGUUGCCAUGGAGAAGUAGGUGGAGCCAACUGCCGUUUUUUUGAAAAAGUGCAGAGAUUAAAAAAGGGAUUCAGUCUGUGCUCUGAUGAGGCACAGGGAAGAUUGAUCCUAGGUUGAAGGGAUCAAGGAGACUCAAUUGUUCAAUUUUGAGUCCGUUUAA